AUGCCCAAAGCCCCCGCCACUGCGCCCACCGCGCGCCCUGCGCUCCGCAGAAACCAGGCCUGCCUUUCGUGCAGGAAGCGCAAGCUCAAAUGCGACGCUGCCCGCCCCCACUGCACUACCUGUGUCAAGGCAUGGCAGUCGCAGAUCAGUGUGCCGCCCCCAGUGGGAUACGCUCACCCCACCGAACCCCAAUGUUCCUAUGACCCCGUCGAUGGCCUUCCCAUGGCCGCCAAUUCCGACCCCGGAGAGAGGAUUCGGAUGCUUGAAGACCAGAUCUCUCAACUGAAGAGCCAGCUGCACGAGUCGAGGAACGGUACCUCGCGCUCCAUCUCUCCAUCCCACUAUGUCAAGAUGCCGUCCACCUCGUCCCACAACGGCCGCACUCCGGACGACAGCCCAACUGCGGGCGGUAUCGUCCUCCCUCAUGCCUCUCUAGAUGUCCUCUCGCACCUAUCACCACAAAGUUCCGACUCGCGCCCGGGUUCGGUGGGAAGCCCAGAGGUCCGCCACCACGUACGGACGCAUGGUUUGCCCGACCCCCUCAUGGAUAUGCUCUUCUCGGGAUGGGAUCCCGAUCUUCCGGACCCGGACACUCUAGACCAUUACAUUGAUGUGUUCUUCAAAUGUGACCCCUGCGGCUCGCGGGUCCUGCAUCAGCCGACGCUCAUGGCAUCACUGCAUCUACACCCGAAGGAUGAGAACUAUCCGCACCCUGCCAUCUUACACGCGAUUUGUGCGUCCGCGUCCCGCUGGACUUCUCAGGACGUAAUCACGCUGCCGGACGGUACACGCCGAGACAAGUUUGCCGAUCUCCACGUCAGCAAAACCCGUGCGUACAUUGACCGCACGAUGGCCACGGGACAAGACAUCUUCCCGGUUAUGCAGGCGUGUAUCAUCCUCUCGUGGUACUUCUAUCAGGAGGGCCGCUGGGUGGAGGUAUGGAUAUUCGCCGGUUUCCAGACCAGGGCAGCUGUGCCGUUGCGGCUGAACUAUCCCGGCACCUUCUCGACGAUCGGCGCUGCGUCCCCCGGGGCGUAUCUUGCACCACCGAGGGACAACAAGGAUCUAGAGUCCCGACGGAGAACAUGGUGGAUGACCAUCAUGUUUGACCGUAUUGCGUCGGUCGGGGGGUGGGUACACGCCAUAGAUGAGCGGGACAUUGGCACGGAACUCCCCCUUCGCCGUGUGGAUUUCGAGCAUGACCCGAACCCUCAGCACCUACAGACAGAAAACGUGUUCACCCGACAUCUACCUCUGUUCACCGACUCCUUCCUCCUAUUCUUGAAGGCCAUCAUGAUGUUUGGGAAGGUCACAGAUUACAACACGAGGAGCAAUCUCAACGCCACCUCGGCGCCUUCUAAGAACCAAAACCCCUUUGUACUGCGUGGCUUCGAAGACCUCGAUCGGCUAGUUACACAAGAGUUUUUGCAGAACUUCCCUUCUGAGUUCAAGCACCUUGGCAUCAGCGACGACGGUGGGGCGCUCGACACCGACCUCUAUAUGGCCCAUAUUGUGCCGCAUGCUGCGGCAAUCACUCUACACAAUCCGUACCUCAACUUCUCGGAUCCCAUGAGUGUGUCGACCAGCCGUUGCGUCACUGCGACACGGUCAAUCCUAGCAGCGUACUAUCGGCUCUCCGAGACUUCGCUCGACAUACCCACUCAGCUCUGCAAAUACUUCAUUGAGAUCGGUGAUACUCAGCGAGAGCAGACGGUCUGGGGGGAGAUUAAUGCCCUUCGCUUCGCUAUGCUCACUUACGGAAGCCGCUCCCCCAUCGGCACCCGGCAAGAGAAGCUCCUCCAAGGGCUGAUGACUGAAAUCGUGCGAAUGACGAGCCAGAUGCAGCCGCUCGAGGUCGGGGUCCCGCUGUACCCCUUCUCGCACGCAAGUCUCUUCCCCAAGGACACCCUCCCACAAGACCCGACCGCCGCACCGCUACCGGACAGCACGCAAUACCCAGACUCGUCCGAGUCGCCAUCGGGGUUGACGGGUAUGGGCGCCACGUCCCCCACCGUUACUGUGGGCAACUGGCUGUCGCCCUCGAUGCCGACAAUGCACCCGCGGGUACAGCGGUAA